GUGUGCGGGUCACGGGGUCUGUCAGGUCUCGGCUUUCCGACCGAUAGAAACGCCAAGGCAAGACAAGCGGCUGGAGGAGCGGCUGCAUGGGCCGCCGUGGCCCGGCGCCGCGGUCAGGGCCGGAAAGCCUAACAACUGAGCGCGGGCGCUGCUGGCCGGGCCCGAGGACUCCGCUUGAGGCGAGUCAGCGGCUUCAGGUGGAUGAGCCAUCCUUCACCUUAUUUGCUGGAAUGUCACAUCACUGAACAUUCCCCCCAUUUGCUUUAUCUGAUGUAUGUAUAUCUGCAUUUUGUCCUGGCUCUGGGAUUGCCUAUAUGUGGGGAGCUCUGGCUGAAUGAAGGUUGGCAUCUCCUCUGGAGUUUACAGUCUUAGAGGAUUGUCCAGGACCCUGAAGGUUUUUUUCUCAAGGAAGAAAAGAUGGGGAAUAAACAAACAAAUUGCCGUCCCAAUUACUUCUCACGGUUUCUACCUGAAGAACAGGCUGAGAUUGAUGGAUUGUUUACUGCCAUAACAGGGGGUUUGGAGACGAUAUCCUCUGGAAAGAGCAAAAAACCUUUCCCAAUCCCUAUCUCUUUGGAGAUGUUACAGGCUUACCUUGGGGAUGCCUUGCCUGAGAAAAUGAUAGUCAGGCUCUAUGAAGGAAUGAGGAAUAUUGACCUGACGGGGACUAGCCAGAGUCCUAGUGAAUAUGUCAUCAAAGAACAGUUUGUAAUUUUGAUGUCAGAACUAUUAAAAGGAAAUGCAAGAGAGAAGAGCCACAUAAUCAUGAAGAUGUUACGUGUACCUAUUGAAAAUGUCAAAGCAAGUCAUAUUAAAGAGUUUACAGAGGAUCUGAUUACCUCUGUAGUACAUGUGCUGGACUACAGAAAUGAACUAAAAGGUUGGAAUAUGAAGAAGAGUCAAGAUUUUACCUCUGGUGUAAAGGCAUUGGCUACUCAACUGCUCUCAGCACUGAAACAAGAAGAAAUGAACCCAACACAGCAGAAGACCUAUUGGGAUUUUGAUGGUGACAGAAAUUGGACAAGCCCUCAAGAAUGCCCCCCAGUUGAAGAGGAAGACAGUUGGUCUUGUGACAUGAGUUUGAUUGAAGACUGGGUGCUGAAAGUGCCCCAGAUCUCUUCGUUUUUAAAUGUGGUCCUCAGGCGGGGUUUCCUGGUCUUACAUUCUCAUGCAGAGCUUGCCAGCUUCAUCCCAGAAUGUAAAGAUGCAAAGGAAUUGAUGAGCCUCCUUAACAUUCCUGCCAUCCUUUACAUCAACUCCUUCCUGCCUACAAAACUACAGCAUACCUGGAAACUGAUUUUUUCCUCUCAGAUUCAUGGCUACAGCUUUGCAAAACUUUGUGGGAAUAUUAUAGACAAAGGUCCCUGCUUAUUAGUGUUAAAGGACAGGGAUGGCUAUAUCUUUGGUGGCUUUUCAUCUCACUCUUGGGCGGUCAAGGGCCAGUUUCAAGGGGACAGUAGAUCUUUCCUGUUUACCAUUUCCCCCAGCAUUGCAGUGUACACAUACAGUGGAUACAAUGAUCAUUAUAUGUAUUUGAAUCAUGGACAACAAACUAUACCAAAUGGAUUGGGCAUGGGAGGUCAAUUUGAUUACUUUGGGCUUUGGAUUGAUCAUGAUUUUGGGAAAGGACACAGCAAAGCAAAUCCUCGAUGUUCUACUUAUAAUAGUCCUCAGCUAUCAGCCAGGGAAAACUUUGAGUUGGAUACCAUAGAGGUAUGGGCAGUUGGAGAUUUCCCAAGUGAAAAGUCACCCCCUAAGAAGAAUAUUCUGGACAAUAACACUGAGGUGCACUGCUUAUUAGAAAUGAUUGGGAAAAGUCGUCAAAGUGAAGGACUUCGAGAUCCGUGUGAGGAAGAGGAAACCAAAGAAUAAGGUGCCAUCCUCGGCUGCAUGUUCUUAAUAACUGGGAUCUGACCAUCUUGGACUAAGGUUUUAUCCCACUCUAUCUUAAUUUCAGUAUGUAAUGGAAACUUUCACAUUGGUGCCAUAUCUUGUCUGGAAUUGGGUAAGAAGGUUGUUGGCUGGAUGAGUAAAAUGAUACCCUUUGUGUCUCC